UUGUGUUUGUCAUUUUGCGGAAUUGAUUGUCAUGCAAAUUUCAUCGUUUGGGCAGCAUAAAAUCAGUUCGGAAGCUUAUCAAAGUGCUUGGAAAGACAGGCUUGGUUUCUGAUAUGAAUACAGCUAUCUGCACUGGCAAUGGAUUCUAUAUAUUGAUGAUACAUCCAAUCGGAUCUUCUGUUAUAUUUAGGUGUCUUGAUGUAGCUAGUUCUGAGCAUAAUAAGUUGCUAUACGAAGCAGCCAUAACAUACUGUCUCGAGCUGGCCAAACAUGAAAAAGGAUGCAUAAACUUGAAAAAGUUCAUCACAUCUUGCAGAGGCGAAGGCAGACAACAACUCCUAGAUUUUAUUGCAGAACAUUCGUUGUACCUCUCUCAGGAUCCCACUGGGAACUAUGUAUUGCAGCAUGUCCUAGCAUUUCAUGAUCCUGCCUUGACGGAUAAGAUCUGCUCUGUUUUGAGCGGCCAUUAUGUACAAAUUUCUUUACAGAAAGGUGGCAGUCAUGUGGUAGAGAGAUGCUUACAAUCUUCUGGCAUGGAACAUGUGCUUCAAGAACUUCUCAAGAGUGACAAUAUUCACGGACUCUUACAACUUGCUCGAGAUCGAUAUGGGAACUACGUGGUCCAAACAGCGCUGAAGGCCACGAAGCGUGCAGGUAGUCCCUCCCAUGAAAGUCUUGUAUGGCUCUUGAAACAGCAUUCGAAUGCUCUCAAGUCAGGGUAUGGAAGCAAUGUCAUGAAGCUGAUUUCAAGUGGGUUUCCAAAUGACUAAGCCUGAUUUGAUUGCAGAAUACAGAUACAACUUUGAUCGUGAAAGCAGUAGUGUUCUAUUUUUGUUGAGAUACUCUGUUAGUUUUGGAAUUAGUUGAGUUGCUUCUUUGUAGAUGUCUGCGUACUCUCAAGGGGGGCUCAUGUAUAGGUUGAAAGGUCUCUCCAAUGUCCUUUUUUUUUUUUUUUAAUGUUUCUUUUCUGUUAUGUAUUUGCGGUAAAUUUGGGUAUAAAUAUAUUUCAAGCUGUUAUCUUUAAUUUUGUUGUGGAUAUAGGAUUUGUUCUC